AUGACCGAUACUCAUGACAAUGACGAAGCCUACAGAAGGACUCAGUCCCAGAUCUAUGGCCUCCAAGACACAAUUUUAAAUUCUACCAGAACGUCUAUAUUGAAAAAGGAUAAAGAUGAAAACAGUGGACGUAGCUCAACUGCUGGUAAUUCUACGACCACAGUAGAUUCUAAGCCAGUUCUCGAAUCCGUUUAUUCUAAAUUUGGGGAACCAAAGACUAUAAUCGAAUCUUUCCGGUACCAUGCGUACAAGGAAGCACGCAGAGAGACAGAUUCGAUGCCAUUCCCCUUUGACCUUUAUGAAUUAUCGGCACCACGUCCUUUUCUACCAGGCUACGGUUCUGACAUGAUAAAUAGGUUGGUUGAGGUUAAAAUCAGUUAUGAAGAUUUGCAAUCUUCUGUUCAAGUUAAGGAUUCACCGAGGACCGUGAACAAUGAAAUUUGGGGGACCGAUAUUCACACAGAUGAUUCGGAUCCAAUUUUGGUGCUCAGACACUGCGGAUUGUCACUUGAUGAUGUUAACGGUACAUGUAGAACCCCUGCCAAUUUACACAAUUCUGACAACCUUUUGGGGACAGUGCCACCUGCAGGUACGCCAUUUGAUGUUGAAAUCCAACUACUGCUUUUACCACCGCUGCAGAAAUACACUUCACUACGUCGAUAUGGCAUAACUUCAAGACAAUGGGGUAACGGGGGGACAACGCCGCACGAUGGACUGAGUUACGGAAUUUACUCCAUCAAGAUUCUUACUAGAGACAAAUCCACAGAUAAUGUUAUGGAGAAGGACCAAGAAGUCAAUAUCGCCAAUUGGGCCUGA